AUGCCAUCGUUGCUCAAUAUCCCUCUAGACAUUGUUAGUGAAGUUUUGGAAAAGUUGGAGCCUAUGGAUCGAUUGACCUGCCGUAAAGUUUGCCGCAACCUGAGAACAGCCGUUGAUAAUAUCGGAUUCAACUUUGACAAAAUCUCGUUGACAUUUUCGAAAAAUCACAAGGUUGAACUGGAAUUGGACAAAUUUCAAACCAAAUAUUACAGUGCAAUAGAUGGUAGUACUGUACUGAAUUAUAAUGAGAAGGAAAAGAUUAUCAAAAGAGAAAGUUGCCUGAAAAUAGUAUUUAACGAUUUGGAGAUACUAUUGAACAAUUCCUUGUCAAAGUUUAGCUUUUCUGUACAUAUAGAAGAUAAAUUGGACAUUAUCAAUGCUCUCAAAAACGUCUUGAAAGUCAAAAAAUCGAUAUUCGUUAAGGAAAUCUGGCUGCGUGAUACAUCAUUCAAUGAUGCUCUCUCUAUACUCCCAUAUUUCAAUGCGGACAUGCUGGCUGUAAUUCAUUUAUCGAUUUCUGACAAUAUUAGUCAAUUCGAAAAAAUAAUAUAUAUGGAUCAAUGGAAAAGUGCAAGAUCCUUCCAUCUCAGCGAUGCUCAUUUUGACGAUGAUCACAUUAAACAUUUGUUUGACUUUGAAGAGUUUUCCAUUGCAAUGUGUUACUUAUCAGAUGAUACUGUGAUAGAUAUCAGAGAUGAUCUCUUAACAAGGCCCACAUUCCGAGAAUGCUGUAUAGACUUUGGUGGUUAUGAAGAGGAGGCCGAUGACAUCCUUAAAAUAUUUGAUCCGGACAGUCCUAGUAGAUAUGAGAUUGAAUAUUCGAACGAUCAGGGUAAAUUUGCAAUCAAGUGUCAACUUUAUGGUUACUACGAUUGCGCACUUGAAAUUGAAAGACUGGUUGAAUAAAAUUUGCAUAUUUAUUGGUAACUUUGUUUAAAAAAAAAAGAUUUUAUUUUGCCAAUUAUUUUAAUAAACACUUUUCAAUAAA